GUUGUUCGUAACACGUUUUAGCGAUUAAACUCGGCAAUGUGCCAUUUUCGUUUCCGAGAGACAAUAGACUACGCAUUUUGUAAGAUAAUUAAGUGUGAAUCGUUUGUUUCGUGUGAUUGUGAUUGAUUAUGCAUGCAUUGUACGCGAUGAAUUCGAACAUUUUGCCACAGAACACAUUAAACAGUCCGACUGCAUUAAAUGAAUAUUUACUCACUAAAGGGGUGCCACAUGAGGUUCUGAAAAUACUGCAAGAUGAAUUUGUUGAUGGCGAAGCAUUUCUUUCGCUGACGGAAACUGAUUUAAAAGAACUCAAAAUAAAAACGGGGCCCAGGAAAAGACUAUUGAAUUUGAUUAAUGCAGCAAAAGCAACGAAUUGUUUUAUUGUUAAUGGACCUAUAUAUGGAGUUCAAAAUAAUAUAUCUACAAUUGCGUCAACUACUGGUAAUGAAAUCAUUAAAGUUGAGCAACCAAAAAAUUCUGUAGUAGAUGACGUAAAUAAUGUACAAAAUGUCCCUAUUUUACUGCAUCCACAAAAUAUAAAUAUUCAGCAGCCUAACAACGCAGAAAAUGAAUUAAAUGUUCGAGCUUGGAUUGAAGCAUAUGAUGCUAAACAUACAAGAAAGGUACCAUUAUUAAGCGUUCUUGAUUCUGGUAUUGUUGGAAACACCGAUCGUCAAGAAUUCAUUAGAAUAGUAUGUGCUGAAAUAGUCAAACUCAGCAAUGAUAUGUAUCCAUCUAGCCAAUUAAAAACAGAAUUGGCUAAGGAAAUCGUCAAUGCUUUUCCGAAAUUACGAUCUUCACACUCGCCUGAAGGUUAUGAGCAUUUUUAUGAUAAGACGACAAACAGCGGCUUUAUACAAUAUCGCUUCCAAAAUAUGCGAGUAAAACUAAGUCCCACAAAGAAAAAAAGGGCAUCGGCUAAGCCAACAAUUAAAAAAAUUAAUGUUAAAAGACAGAGGACACAAUUUGUGAAACAAGAAUAUCUCGAUGAAGAAGUAUUUCAAGAAAAGUGUUGUGAGCUUAUAUUCAAAAUAUCUAGUGAUAGCAAUAAGCCGAGUAUUAUACAAUUAUUAGAUGAAACAAGACCUAACAGGCAAAGGAGCAUAAAAAAUUCCGAACAGAUGAUAAUAGAUGAUAUAUUUAGAUUAUAUCCAAAAUUAAAAGAUUACAAUGGAGAAAUGAUUCAUAGGGAAUUUAUAUCGAUGUUUCCAAAUAAUGAUACAUUUUUAAGAAAUUUUUCAUCUUACUAUGUGCCAAGAAUUUUGAAAUUCUGUCACAUGAAAAAGGAGUACUUGCUCCAAAAAGUGGACGAUUUUGAUGAUGAUAAUUUCAAAGCUCUGAUUUUGUUGCCGGAGUUGUUGCCCUCUCCGAACUACGCAAAAACGAAAACAUCUAGGGAAGAUAAUUCAAAAGGUGCAAAAAUUAAAGCAUCGAAUUUUUCCCCUAAACAAAUUCCAAACCGAAAUUUAUUACAAUUUAUUCAUACAAUGGAAGAUUUACUUGUAAAUAAUGAAGAAGAUGAAACUUUGUCUCAAAAACCAAAAGAUAUCCAACCGUUUUUGGUGUGCUUUGUGAUUGGACAAACAAAGAAAGGACAAUUUUAUAUAAAGACUGAUGAAAAUUUAAUUUCAGUUGGCGACGAUCCAAUAAUUGCCUUCGAUAUUCUUGUUAAACUGCAUUAUUGUUUUGAUGUUCAGUUUGCAUCUGAUUUACUAACAUUUUAUGAUUUCAUAACCGGAUGCAUUAUGGGCCUCAACAUACCUGGUGCUAGUUGUAGGGCUUUACACACUACACUGUGUAAUAUUACCUUAUAA